GAGGAAGGAAGGUGCAGGGGCCCAGGAGUCGGGGCCCCCCAAUCCCAAGGCAGCGGCACGGCGGAGGGGAAGGGCAGGGCUGGCCACCAUGGCGACGCUCUUCUCCCAGCCCCAGCGGCGCCCUCCCCUUUUGCGCCAGGCCAUCAAGAUAAGGCGCCGCAGGGUCAGAGAUGCGCAGGAUGCCCUGCCCCACAGGGCUCAGGAGAUGGAGCCUCCAUCCCACCACUUGUCCCCUGAGGAGCGGGCCCUGCUCUACGAGGAAGCUCUCUACACGGUCCUGUACCGCCUGGGUCAGCCCGAGCCCACCCAUGUGGGGGAGUCCUCUGAGCUGCUGCGAUACCUGCAGGAGGCCUUCCGCAUGGAGCCCAAGGUGCACCAGCAGCUGCUGCAGCAGGUCCGGGAGCUCGAGAAACCAAUAUUCUGUCUGAAGGCCACCGUGAAACAAGCCAAGGGCAUUCUGGGCAAGGAUGUCAGUGGGUUCAGUGACCCCUACUGCUUGCUGGGCAUCGAGCAGGGGGUGGGUGUGCCGGGGGGCAGCCCUGGGCUCCAGCGGCGGCAGAAGGCCGUGGUGAGGCCCGCCAUCCCGGAGGAGCAGAUCCACCGCACCCAGGUCGUCACCCAGACACUCAACCCCGUCUGGGACGAGACCUUCAUCCUGGAGUUUGAGGACAUAAGCAAUGCCAGCUUUCAUCUGGACAUGUGGGACAUGGACACCAUGGAGUCCGUCAGACAGAAGCUCGGGGAGCUCACAGAUCUGCACGGGCUGCGAAGGAUCUUUAAGGAGGCGCGGAAGGACAAAGGCCAAGAUGACUUUCUGGGGAACGUGGUUCUGAGACUACAGGUGCGGGCGUCCCCUGCCUGCCUGGCCUGCCAGGACCUGCGCUGCCGGGAGGAUCAGUGGUACCCUCUGGAGCCUUGCACGGAGACCCACCCAGACCGUGGCCAGUGUCACCUCCAGUUCCAGUUCAUUCACAAGCGGAGAGCCACCGCGGCCAGCCGCUCGCAGCCCAGCUACACGGUGCACCUGCGCCUGCUGCAGCAGCUCGUGUCCCACGAGGUCACCCAGCACCAGGCGGGCAGCACCUCCUGGGAUGGGUUGCUGAGCCCCCAGGCUGCCACCAUCCUCUUCCUCCACUCCACGCAGAAGGACCUGUCCGACUUCCACCGGUCCAUGGCGCAGUGGCUGGCCUACAGCCGUCUCUACCAGAGCCUGGAGUUCCCCAGCAGCUGCCUCCUGUACCCCAUCACCAGCAUCGAGUACCAGUGGAUCCAGGGCCGGCUCAAGGCAGAGCAGCUGGAGGAGCUGGCCACCUCAUUCAGCUCCCUGCUGGCCUAUGGCCUCUCCCUCAUCCGGAGGUUCCGGUCUGUCUUCCCCCUCUCCGUCUCCGACUCCCCAGCCCGGCUGCAGUCUCUCCUCAGGGUCCUGGUACAGAUGUGCAAGAUGAAGGCCUUUGGAGAACUGUGCCCCGAAAGCGGCCCCCUGCCCCGCCUGGUGACCGAGGCACUGCGGACUGGCACCACUGAAUGGUUCCACCUGAAGCAGCAGCACCAUCAGCCCAUGGUGCAGGGCAUGCUGGAGGCGGGCAAGGCCUUACUGAGCCUGGUACAAGACAUCAUUGGAGACCUGCACCAGUGCCAGCGCACGUGGAACAAGAUCUUCCAUAAUGUCCUCAAGAUCGACCUCUUCUCCAUGGCCUUCCUGGAGCUGCAAUGGCUGGUGGCCAAGAGGGUGCAGGACCACACUGCGGUGGUGAGCGGUGCCGUGACCCCGGAGAUAGGCGAAAGUCUGUUCCAGCUCUACGUCAGCCUCAAGGAGCUCUACCAGCUGGGCCCGGUCCCCUCGGAGAGGGAUGGCGUCCUGGCCCUGGAAGGCUUCCACCACUGGUUCCAGCCGGCCAUCCCCUCCUGGCUGCAGAAGACGUACAGCGUGGCCCUGGCGCGGGUACAGCGUGCUGUGCAGAUGGACGAGCUGGUGCCCCUGGGUGAACUGACCAAGCACAGCACGUCGGCUGUGGAUCUGUCCACCUGCUUUGCCCAGAUCAGCCACACUGCCCAGCAGCUGGACUGGCCUGACCCAGAGGAGGCCUUCAUGAUCACCGUCAAGUUUGUGGAGGACACCUGUCGGCUGGCCCUCGUGUACUGCAGCCUUAUAAAGGCCCGGGCCCGUGAGCUCUCUGCCUGCCAGAAGGACCAAGGCCAGGCAGCCAACAUGCUGUGUGUGGUGGUGAAUGACAUGGAGCAGCUGCGGCUGGUGAUCGGCAAGCUGCCCACCCAGCUGGCAUGGGAGGCGCUGGAGCAGCGGGUAGGGGCUGUGCUGGAGCAGGGGCAGCUGCAGAACACACUGCAUGCCCAGCUGCAGGGUGCCCUGGCUGGGCUGGGCCAUGAGAUCCGCACUGGCGUCCGCACCUUGGCCGAGCAGCUGGAGGUGGGCAUUGCCAAGCACAUCCAGAAACUCGUGGGCAUCAAGGAAUCCGUCCUGCCUGAGGAUGCCAUUCUGCCCCUGAUGAAGUUCCUGGAGGUGAAGCUCUGCUACAUGAACACCAACUUGGUACAGGAGAACUUCAGCAGCCUUCUGACCUUGCUCUGGACCCACACGCUCACGGUGCUGGCGGAGGUGGCCGCUUCCCAGCGGAGCUGCCCUCUGGCUUCUAGCAGGCUGAAGAUCGCACUACAGAACCUGGAGAUCUGCUUCUACGCAGAGGGCUGUGGCCUGCCGCCCGAGGCCCUGCACACGGCCACCUUCCAGGCUCUGCAGAGGGACCUGGAGCUGCAGGCGGCCUCCAGCCGGGAACUCAUCCAGAAGUACUUUUGCAGCCGCAUCCAGCAGCAGGCAGAGACCACCUCGGAGGAGCUCGGGGCCGUCACAGUCAAGGCCUCCUACUGCGCCUCCCAGCAGAAGCUGCACGUGGAGCUGCUCAGCGCCUCCAGCCUGCUGCCCCUGGACUCCAAUGGCUCCAGCGACCCCUUUGUCCAGCUGACCUUGGAGCCCAGACACGAGUUUCCUGAGCUGGCCCCCCGAGAGACCCAAAAGCACAAGAAGGACCUUCACCCACUGUUCGAUGAGACCUUUGAAUUCCUGGUGCCUGCUGAGCCGUGCCAGAAGGAUGGGGCUUGCCUCCUGCUCACCGUGCUGGACCACGACACGCUGCGGGCUGAUGACCUCGAAGGGGAGGCCUUCCUGCCGCUGCGCUCGGUGCCGGGCCUGACGGGGGCCGUGGAGCCCGGCGACGUGCCUCAGACCCGCCUGCCCCUCACCUACCCUGCGCCCAACGGGGAUCCAAUCCUGCAGCUGUUAGAGAGCCGGAAGGGUGACCGCGAGGCCCAGGUGUUCGUGCGGCUGCGGCGGCAGCGAGCCAAGCAGGCCUCCCAGCACGCCCCGCGGCCAGGGCGGCAGCAGGGCUUGGGUCCCUGCGAGGCCUGUGUUGUCCCCACCACAGCGCAGCCCUCCCGCCUGGCCUAACACUCCAGGAGGGCCCUGCAGGUCGGGGGAGCCCCAGUGUGCGGGGUUCCCGCUGCCAGAGCCGGGUCCCACAGCGAUGGGGGCCCCAUUCGCAGUAUUUAUACCCCCUCCUUCCUCCCCUCAG